UCCAAAAAAAAAAAAAAGAUGGAAGUUCUCUUCUUCUCUUUAUUCCUUCUCCUACUUUCAACUCAUCCAAACAGAGCCUCCGCCAUUAACGACACAACAACAUGCCCACAAAUUUCCUCCUGCAGUUCCUUCGGUCCCAAAAUCCGAUUCCCUUUCCGUCUAAACACUUCCCCCGACCGCUGCGGUUUCCCCGGACUAACCCUUUCAUGUAAACACGGCCAAACAAUCCUCAAUCUUCCCUUCUCCGGCGAAUUCUCCGUCCAAUUCAUUGAUUACGUUUAUCAAUCGAUCGGAAUCGAUGAUCCCGACGGCUGCUUACCUCGCCGGACACUCAAUUUCAAUCUUGCCGGUACACCUUUUCAAGGGGUGGAUUCUCAGAGAUAUACUUAUUAUAAUUGUACAUCACGUCCGGAUGACUAUUUGUAUUAUAUGCCGAUGUUUUGUCUUAGUGGCGAUAAUUUUACGGUGAUUUCGACUUCGUCGGGGAUGCUGGAGCCACCGGAGACGUCGUGUAGGAGGAUUAAGACGGUGUCGGCGCCGGUUCAUUGGUCGUGGGAUGUUGGUACGGCGUAUUUGUUGUUGAAGUGGAAUGAACCUAAUUGUCGGAAUUGUGAAACGGCUGGUGGUUUGUGUGGGUAUUUAGGUGAUACGAUGGAAAUCACCUGCUUUAACAGUCCUAAACGAGGUUUACCAAGGGGUGCCAAAUAUGGUGUAAUCAUAGGAGUUGGAAUACCAGGCUUGGUGUUCCUUAUUGGGCUUGCUUGUUGCACUUUUAACCGUAUUAAGACCAUUAAUCGUCGUAAUCAUCCCAAUCUCGAGCCGGCAAAUGUCGAAAUCAACCCACGACCUUUCUUCAUUAUUAAUGGUCUAGAUAAGCCCACAAUUGAGUCAUUCCCUAAGAUAAUUCUUGGUGAAAGUGGACGCCUACCGAAGCCCAACGAAGGGACUUGCCCAAUUUGUAUAUCCGAAUACGAGCCAAAAGAGACCUUGAGAACUAUUCCGGAAUGCAACCACUAUUUUCAUGCCAAGUGUAUUGACGAGUGGUUAAAAUUGAAUGGCACUUGCCCUUUGUGCCGAAACACACCUUACGCAGCCUCGUUGCCAUCAUCAUCUCCGUCAAGUUAGACAAACAUUCUCUCGAGAAAUCUUUGUAGACUCGUGUCCUAUGUGUAUAUUAAAGAUGUUUAAUGUAUAGAGGGAAUAAAGGUAUACAAAGGAAAUGGAACAUGAUCAAAAUAUUUGUCCAUUGAUAUACAUGGUAAAUCAAUAGGAGGCACAAUUGAAGGUGAUUUUUGUGUUUGCUCUAUGUUAAACUUGGGUUUAUGUAGUCAUAAGUGAUAACUCAUAUGAGUUGAUUAGAUUCUUUUGUCAUUUCCCUUUGCUUUAUUAUUAUAUUUAUAUGGGUAUUUGUUUGUA